AUGCCGCACUGCAGUGGGCGCACUUUCGGCAGUCUCCAGUUUCAUCAUGAAAGCCAGGUCGCUCUUAUGGCGGCCAUGGUUAGCAGUGGGGAUGCUGAAGCAGCUGGGACAGCACUGAAGAAGUACGGCGCAGUUCUCAUCAAGACGACCGGCCAAGUGGUGGGCGCCGAUGAGUUCAAGGAGCUGGCAGUCGCUGCAUGGCAGGCGGCCGGCCACCCAAGCUCCACGGAGGAGUACAACGGCCCUGGCUCGGUCAACAGAGCAGAGCUGUUCGACGGCAUCUACGACGUGAACGCUGGCCGCACCAACACGAUGCCUGUCCCACCUCACAGUGAGCAGUCCUACUUGUUCCUGGUGCCGCGCUUCGUUGCCUUCACAUGCUGGGAGCAGGCGCAGAGCGGAGGGCACCUGGAGCUGUUCGACACGGGCAAAAUUGCCAAGGCAAACCCGCAGCUCACUGCCAAGAUCCAGGCCUACAAUGUGACGUACCAGCGAGUUUUGGGCGACCUCAACAAGGGCAACUGGACGUACGCAACCGGACAUUGGCAAACCAAGUACGAAACCUCCAGCUUCGAAGAGGCUCAGCGGAAGGCCGCAAUGGACCUCAUCUUGGGAGGUCCAUCUGGAUCGAGUCUCAAGCCGCACCUCGAGGACACCGCUCUCAUGGAAUGGACGAUCCCGGGGCUGUCAGACGGCUACAUGCUUAAUGCGAUUUUGGAUAAUCAGCGGUCGUUCAAUGAGAACGAGGGCUUGGCACCGUUCCAUUCUCGGUACGGGAACGGCGAGGAGUUCACGGCCGAGGAGCUGCACAUGCUGAGAAAGAGCACGUACGAGGCCCUCACCCACAAGGUCCUCAUGGAGCCCGGCGACGUGAUUGUCCUAGACAACUGGCGUUGGGCACACGGGCGGGAGCCAUAUGAAGGCAAACGAGUGCACGGCUCGGUCAUCUCAGACCGUCGACCACGCUCCGUGGGGCAGUGA